UCAAGACGUGAACGAAUAAUAAAAAAUACAACGGCAGAAAAUGCAUAAUAAAUCUCAAAGCUGAAGGCUGGUGGGCACCACAAACGACCUUCAAGCAGCUGGUGUCGAAAGUUGUAAGAAAUCGAUGGAGGUUUUGGGGAUUCAGCUGGUGUCGAUACUUUUAAUAAUUUGUUGUGCAGUAGUUUGGAAUUUGUUGAAGUGGGUGUGGUUUAGGCCUAAGAGGGUCGAGAAGUGGCUGAGGCAGCAGGGCCUCCAUGGAAAUCCUUACAGGAUCUUCUUCGGAGACUUUAAGGAAAUUACGAGGUUGCAGAAAGAUGCGAGAUCCAAACCCAUGAGUUUUUCCCAUGAUAUUGUGCCCAGAGUUGUUCCUGAACUCGAUCUAGCUCUCAGAAACUACGGUAAGUGUAGCUUUAUAUGGUAUGGGCCAAGACCUGCAGUGAUUGUCUCGGAACCUGAAUGGAUCCGAGAAAUUUUGUCGAAGCUCAUUUUCCACAAGCCCCCGGUUCCAAAAGUUCGACGUUUGUCGAGAGGUAUACACACAUUGGAAACAGACAAAUGGACGAAACACAGGAAGCUGAUCACGCCCGCCUUUCACGUCGACAAACUGAAGCUCAUGGUUCCAUCGUUUUACUUGAGUUGCGCCGACAUGUUGAGCAAAUGGGAUGAGAUUAUCCCGAAUGAAGGGGCGCGCGAAUUGGAUGUGUGCGGUUGUCUCAAAACUCUUACGAGCGAUGUGAUUUCGCGCACUGCCUUCGGUAGUAACUAUGAAGAAGGAAGAAAAAUAUUUGAACUUCAAAUGGAACAAGCCCGGCGUAUCAUGGAAAUAUAUUACUCGGUUUACAUUCCCGGAUGGAGGUUUUUACCGACGCCACACAAUAGAAGAAUUAAGGAAAUAAAAAAAGAAGUAGAUUCGACCGUGAUGAGCAUCAUCGACAAAAGGAUGAAAUUGAUGGAAGCCGGGGAGGGUAGCGGCGAUGACUUACUUGGUUUGCUACUAGAAUCGAACAUCAAAGAAAUCAAACAAGGAGGAAAUAAGUUCGGAAUGAGCAUGGAGGAGGUGGUUGAAGAGUGCAAGUUAUUUUACUUCGCCGGACAAGAUACUACUGCGAACUUGCUCGUUUGGACAAUGAUUCUAUUGGGGAAGUACACGGAUUGGCAGUCUCGAGCAAGAGAUGAGGUUCUACAUCUCUUCGGAAAAAGAAAACCCGAGUAUCAAGAGUUAAACCACCUCAAAAUUAUUAAUAUGAUACUCCACGAAACUAUGAGGUUGUAUCCGCCGGGAAUCAUGCUUAACCGAAUGACUACAGAAGAUAGCAAAAUAGGGAACUUAACUCUACCGGCCGGGGUGCAACUUAUAUUGCCGAUCAUUUUAUUGCACCAUGACGAGAAGAUAUGGGGCGACGAUGCAAAGGAAUUUAACCCGAUGAGAUUUAGCAAUGGAGUUUCCAACGCUACGCAAGGCCAAAUGACAUAUCUCCCAUUUGGAGGCGGGCCUCGGAUUUGCUUGGGACAAAACUUCGCCAUGACAGAAGCCAAAUUGGCGAUGGCAAUGAUUCUACAACGUUAUAGUUUCGAGCUUUCUCCAUCAUAUUCACAUGCUCCUUGCACAAUGGUUAUUCUUCAGCCUCAGCACGGCGCACACUUAAUGCUCGAGAAGAUAAAUUAAGGAUUAAUUACAUAAUAUUGUUAUACGUGUCUUUAAUAUAUUGGGAAAUAAAGUGCUGAAAAUACUGAAAUUUGUGUCC